UAUGAAACAUAAUACAUAUUAAUGUAAACCUGUUCAAAUUACUGCAGUAAUGCAGUCAAUGUUACUUGUUGGCUUAUUCAUUUACGUAGCCUAGUUAUAGCAAUAAACCAUAAUGAAACAUUGAAUUAUAGUUGCACCUCCGUCGAUUUUAAGAACUUUAAGUGAGUGUCAAUUACUUUUAGAUGGACAUGAAAUGGUAAGUGACAAGAAAGCGGUAGCCAUGAACGAUAAUGCUCAUUUGCUAAUAGAUAAAACCUUAAAACUGCGAAUUUGCCAACGCGGGGUGGGGGGAGGCGGUUUUCCAAGAGCGUGAGAAGACCGGACAUCAGGAGGUGUCCGGACAAGCACAACUUCCUCCUAUGAAGAGCUGGAGGCCAUCAGGAAAACAUAAGGAGGAUAGCAGAGGCCCCUACAAGCCCCAGGCCCACCCACUCCAUGAUGCGAUCUUUGGAGGUCUAGUCUGGACUCUGGUGGCCUCCACAUUGAUCGAGCCCAAUAAUCCACAGGCCUGGGUGAUGACUGUGUCAUUGUUCUGCUUCUGCACGACUCUGAUCUGGAUGUUUAUCUUUGCCUGUGGAACUCACAACAACAGUCGUGGAUGGGCAGCAGCGGAUGUGUUCUACCACUUCCUGGCGACCGUCCUCUACCUCAGUGCCGCGGUCCCGCUGGCUAAAGUGACCAUUGACAUGGGAGACCUCGUUUCCAGAAACACCACACAGGAUAAAUACUACAAAAUGGACAUCUCCGCCUCGGUUUUCGCCUACAUUGCUACACUCCUCUAUUUUGUCCAUGCUGUUUUCUCCGCCGUUAGAUGGAAGACCUUCUAGAAAGUCUUCUUCUGGUGGGCCAAAUGGAUCUGCAGAUCUCAUAUCAUUGGGUGGAAAAUUGUUUAGAUCAGCUUAAUUAUGUACUACCAUUUAAUACGCUAUGAAAACAGUAUAUUUAUUCGACUUAUAUGAAUUAUGUUGUUAUCAAUCAUUACACUGGUACAAGGAAAACACAUGUGGUUUGUAACCUUAUUUUUGUAAAAACGGCGAAAUCAUCACUGUCAUUUAAAUAACUGAGGUUUUAUGCAGAACAUUUUAGAUUUAUGCCAAAACAUAAUGUCUAAUUUAGCCUUUUCAUGUGUAAAAUAACAUCUGACUCUGUUUGAGAUCCAGAACUGUUCUUGAACCGAGAUAAUGUGCCCAGUUUCCAGUGUGUUGUGAUACUGAAGGUGUGAUUGGCCGUGUAGGAAUGCGUGAGCACUCAAUGGACGGGGCAGAGCAGGUGGGGAAUCAGAUUGUAGUGACGUGUGUUGAGACAGACUGGGUGAACUGGACAAACUAGCUUUUAACAACACUGAUACUUACUAAAACUAACACUCGCACUAAUAAACAACUUGUUUUUAACAAUGCCC